AUGAUGUCUUAUCUUAAGCAACCACCUUACACAGUCAAUGGGCUAAGUUUAACUACCUCCGGAAUGGACCUGCUGCAUCCAUCCGUGGGCUACCCAGCUACUCCUCGCAAGCAAAGACGAGAACGGACAACUUUCACUCGAGCGCAACUCGAUGUUUUGGAAGCUCUGUUUGCCAAAACGCGUUAUCCGGAUAUCUUCAUGCGUGAAGAGGUGGCCUUGAAAAUCAACUUGCCGGAAUCCCGAGUACAGGUUUGGUUCAAAAACCGAAGGGCCAAAUGUCGCCAGCAACAGCAGCAGCAGCAGAACGGAGGCCAGAAUAAAGUCCGACCAGCCAAAAAGAAGAGCUCUCCAGCACGGGAAGCAAGCUCUGAGAGCGGGGCGAGCGGCCAGUUCACGCCGCCCUCCAGCACUUCAGUUCCGGCCAUCUCCACCAGUACUGCUCCCGUGUCCAUUUGGAGCCCAGCCUCCAUCUCACCAUUAUCAGACCCGCUCUCUACCUCCUCCUCCUGCAUGCAACGUUCCUACCCCAUGACCUACACACAGGCAUCAGGAUACAGCCAAGGCUACGCAGGGUCAACAUCUUACUUCGGGGGAAUGGACUGUGGGUCCUACCUUACGCCCAUGCACCACCAGUUAUCCGGCCCAGGCUCCACAUUGAGUCCCAUGAGCACCAAUGCUGUAACCAGUCAUCUGAACCAGUCAUCAGCCUCCCUUUCCACGCAGGGCUACGGUGCUUCCGGGCUGGGCUUCAACUCCACAGCGGAUUGCUUGGAUUAUAAGGACCAAGCGGCCUCCUGGAAGCUGAAUUUCAAUGCCGAUUGCUUGGAUUACAAAGAUCAGACUUCUUCGUGGAAAUUUCAAGUGUUGUGA